UUUAUUUACAUGAUGUGUCUUUUCUCCACCAUAAGCUGUUGUUAAAGGACCAGAAUUUCCACCACCUCUUACUGCCUGAACUAAGAAACAGACCAAUAUAACACUCAGCAAGGUGCUUAAUAAAGGGUUGUUGAAUUAAAUUGAAUCUUCCAGUAUUAAUCAACUUUCUGCAAGCAUAAUGGCUCACACUUUAAUGGUCAUUGAUUUGAAUGGAAACUUAUUCAUUCCUUGCUUUGAAAAAGAGGAUUUUCAAAAGACCUCAGAAUCUGGGCAUUUUCUUACCAGGUUAGACUCAAACAUUAUGGUAAUAAUCUCCAAGGACCCAGGCUUCCAGUUGCCUAGUGACAAAGUUUCCGAGUUCACUGAAGAAUUGAGACUAUAACUGAAGUUUGAAGUUGUGCCUCUAGUCUCGAGCCUGCAAUUUUAGAACUGCCAAGCAAUUGAAACUCAAAUGCACCCUGGUCUUUUCUUUCUGUGAGCCAAGAAAAGUAAUCUUAUGAUGGUAGCGAAAACUGGUUAGUUCAUUUGUCGUGACUUAUUUGCUCUGAAUCCCCAACUUUUUCCUAAACUAUGUGAAGUGAUGGUGCUUUUAUGUUAGUCUUCUGAAACAACAAUCGUGUCUUCCACCUGAAGUAAUUGGUUUUUACCUUUGAUUACACUAAAUGCUAAGAAAAGUUCAGAGCUCUGGAUGGUCAUUGAAAUCCUACUGUUUCUGCUAAUAACUGCCAUCAAUUUCAUCUCUGUUCCACCUGCCAAUUAUAUCACUUACUCUAUCCUUCCCCUAAAGAAGCAAAAUGGCCAAGGGACGGAAAGGCCCCAAAGGGAAAAAAAUCACCUUAAAGAUUGCCAAAAAUUGUAUCAAGAUCACAUUCGAUGGGAGACGGCGCCUUGACCUAAGCAAAAUGGGGAUCACCACCUUCCCCAAGUGUAUCCUAAAACUCAAUGAUGUUGAUGAACUAGACCUGAGUCGAAAUAUGAUCAAGAAGAUACCAGAAAGCAUCUCCAAGUUCCAGAACCUGCGUUGGUUAGAUCUGCACAGCAACCUUAUUGAUAAGCUUCCUGAUUCAAUAGGCCAACUGGAAACUCUCCACUACCUCAACCUGUGCAAUAACAAGUUAACCACCAACUCCCUUCCUUUGGAGCUCAGAGACCUGAAAAACCUACGUACACUGAACUUGGGUUUGAACCACAUCGAUAAUAUCCCCACCACUCUUGGGGCCCUGAAGGAGCUCCAUGAGGUGGGUGUGUUUGACAAUCUUCUGACCUCUAUACCCAAUAGUAUCGCCAAACUCCCCAAACUAAAGAAACUGAAUGCAAAGCGCAACCCCUUCCCCAAAGAAGAAGAUGAUACGGCAUUUAUCGAUUCCAUAAAGCGAUUAGAAAACUUGUACUUGGUAGAAGAGAAAGAUCUCUGUGCACCUUGCCUAAGGAAAUGUCAAGAUGCCCGGGACAAGUUGAAUAAAAUAAAGAGCAUGGCACCCGCCCAAGCAAGGAAGCCAAACUUUGCAAAUCUAAUUAACCCCAACUCAACAGCCAAGGAUAGUCAAGAUGAAUGGAGGUGAACAGGGACCCUUUCCCUGGGGAAAGUGGGGGAAAAUCUCACGAGGUUGUGUCAACAGGCAGCAAAAUGUCCAUCAUAACUGGUCAUGUGGCUUCUCCAGCCAAGCCCAUAAAACAGCUUUCCCUCCCUUC